AGUAUAGAGAGUAUUAGUAGUGAGAGAGAGAGAGAGAGUGGUGAUCAGCUAUAGCAAAAUAAUAAGCAGGGCAAGGCGUACGUAAAUGGGAAGGAGGCCUUGCUGUGCUAAAGAAGGACUUAAUAGAGGGGCAUGGUCUUUGAUGGAAGAUAAAAUCCUCACAAACUACAUUAACAUCCAUGGUGAAGGCAAAUGGAGAGACCUUCCUCAAAGAGCUGGGUUGCAGCGAUGUGGGAAGAGUUGCCGACUACGGUGGCUGAAUUAUCUCAGGCCAGAUAUUAAAAGAGGAAACAUCUCUACCGAAGAAGACGAGCUUAUUAUUAGACUACACAAGCUCCUUGGUAACCGAUGGUCUCUCAUCGCCGGUAGAUUACCGGGGCGAACAGACAAUGAAAUCAAAAACUACUGGAACACGAAUUUGAGUAAGAGAGUGCAAGGCCAAAAGAUUACUCCCAAGAAUGAUCAGCACAAGGUGAUUCGAACCAAAGCAGUGAAGUGCACCAAGGCCGUCCAUGUUAUCCCACGACUGUUAGAUAAUCAGACAGCUGAAAACAAUAUUUUAGGCCCCAAAUCUGAAAGUAACACAGCUAGUGAGACACCGUCUUAUUCAGCCAUCCAUGAGGAUAAUUCUAUCGAUUUCUUGAUGGACUUUGACAUCAAUGAGCUUCUUGUAUCGGACGCUCCAAUCUCAUCAGACUUGCAUCCAAUUCAACAAGUUGAUGAAAAUGGUGACAAUGUGGUGGAGAAUCGGGAAUACGGAAAUGGUUUCAAUUUAAUUGAUGAAGUCGAUGAAACUUUGGAUCUCCGAAGUCUAGCAUCUUAUUUGAAUUUAGAAGAUGAAUGGAUUAAUUAA